AUGAAAGGCUGGCUCCAAACGUUUUGUUUAACUGCCUUGCUGGCGGGCCAUGCGCUCGCAAAUGAAGUGGAAUUGACACAGGAUGAAGCUCAUAGGCAGCGAUGUUCGGGGAUGUACAGUCGCAAAGCCUGGGGUGGAGAUGUUGAGCCCUUCAUAUUGACUAAAUUUGUUCGUGAUGGCGACGCUGGCGAUAGUGACCCUCUCGUCAGCUUGGUGAUCUUCGAAUGGUCCGACGAAGCUCUCAUUGGAAGAGCAGUAUCGGAUGAUGCCGAUCUGAUCAACAUCAUAGGAGAAGGAAACUAUUUGCGACGAAAAGAGUGUCAACGACAAGUCUGCGAGGCUGGCGAUAUUGGCUCCUUCAUCCUUGCCCCGAACGCAAGCGAGUCCGAAUUCACAAUUGUAACUCAGGCGAUCCACUUGAACAAUCCUACCGCAAUCAACUACCCCGUGAAGAAAACAGGAUUCUACUGUGUGAGCACUUAUGGAUACUCUGGACGGGACUACAAAGCCGUCGUCGAGUUCCGAAACGCGUAUGGUGAACUUCCGGCUGCGCAGAUCGCUAAGCUCCCAUUUUACGGUGGCUUGACUAUAGUCUACGCUCUUAUUGGGGUGUUCUGGGCUUUCCUAUAUGUACAAAAUCGCCACGACAUCUUGCCUGUACAGAAUUAUAUCACUGCUAUAUUGGUCUUCCUGAUUGUAGAACAAUUGAUGACCUGGGGCUUCUAUGACUACCAAAACCGACACGGCCUGAACGCUGGUGCAAAGGCACUAAUGGUUAUUGUAGCCGUGCUUAAUGCGGGCCGAAAUGCUUUCUCAUUCUUCUUGCUUCUUAUUGUGUGUAUGGGAUAUGGUGUUGUCAAGCCUUCCCUCGGUCGGGCCAUGAUUUACGUUCGCGUCCUCGCUAUUGCCCACUUUAUUUUCGCCGUUAUCUACGCCGUUGCGAGUCUGUCAAUAACGCCAGACAGUGCUGGCCCGCUUGUUCUUCUUAUUGUGUUGCCACUUGCGGGCACCUUGACUGCCUUUUAUGUGUGGACUCUGAACUCGUUGAAUGCAACCAUGAAAGAUCUUAUCGACAGGAAGCAGAAGGUCAAAGCACUGAUGUACAAGAAGCUGUGGUGGUGCAUCUUGGGCAGCAUCAUCGUGAUAUUCGGCUUCUUUUUCAUCAAUUCAAUCGCCUUUGCCGGUCGCAGCGAAGCAAGCUUUGUACCAGAGCAUUGGAAGAGCCGGUGGUUCGUGUUGGAUGGCUGGCUCAACCUAGUCUACCUAUUCGAUAUCGGAUUUGUCGCCUACUUGUGGCGCCCCACUGCCAACAACAGGCGCUUUGCCAUGAGUGAUGAGAUUGCUCAAGAUGAUGAUGGUUUUGAGAUCCGGUCAUUUAACAGCGAACUGGACGAGGAAGACGCACUUGGCGGUAUCCCAGAAAGUUCUGCCCAUGAACAGCGCCGUGAUCUCUCGCCUGUGCCCCCUAAGCCAGUCCCGGCUGCACCGCGCCACCGGGAGUCCCUUGAUGGAGAAACCAUCUUUGCCGUCGGUGAGGAUGGAGACAAAUGGUCGGAUGAUGAGGACGAUUUGUCCCGCGAGUCGGGCGAGAGGAAGCGACUUACCGGCAAAGACGCUUAG